UUCGCUCUUCAUUGUUUAAGUGGAAAGCUCAAUGCUCGGUUUCCCACAUUUGUUUCAAUGGCUACCACAUAGAAACCACGUCCCACCUGAGAGGGAGCGGUUUAGCUGCGAAGAGAGAGAGACACAGAGGGACUACCGAGUCAAAACUUAACCGCAUGACCGCACUGUGUGGGAUUUACCGUCUGCACUGCAAAUAAAAGCUCUUACGGACAAUCUGUGGAUCCUGAGGAAAGAGGGGACGUAAACAGAGGCCCCUGCAGCUCGAGAGCGCCUCACUGUAGCGUCUGUCACCAUGGUCGAACCAGCCGACAGGCCGUCUACAGCCGGUCAGAGGCUGGGCGCCCCGGAAAGUUUCGGAGUGUCCACCCUGGAGCCGGGCCUACGUCCUCCUGCUCAGCCUCCAGGGAGGCAGGUCUCCAUACGGGUGCAGAUGCUCGAUGACACACAGGAAGUCUUCCAGAUAUCACAACGCUCCCCCGGCAAAGUGCUGUUUGACCUGGUUUGUGUGCAUCUCAAUCUGACGGAGGGAGACUAUUUUGGGCUGGAGUACCAGGACCACCGCAAGAUGACGGUGUGGCUGGAUCUGCUGAAGCCGACGCUGAAACAGAUCAGACGGCCCAAAAACACCAUCCUUCGCUUUGUGGUGAAGUUCUUCCCCCCUGACCACACACAGCUCAUGGAGGAGCUGACUCGGUAUCUGUUCGCGCUGCAGAUUAAACGCGACCUUGCCUGUGGCCGUCUCAUCUGCAACGACACCAGCGCCGCUCUCAUGGUCUCCCACAUCAUUCAGUCGGAGAUAGGAGACUUCGAUGAGACCCAGAGCUGGCAGCACCUCCUCCACAACAAAUACCUGCCGGACCAGGACGCCAUCAGAGACAAGAUCACCGACUGCCACCGCAAGCACGUCGGGCAGACUCCAGCAGAGUCAGACUACCAGCUGCUGGAAAUCGCUCGGCGGCUGGAGAUGUACGGCGUUCGCCUGCACCCGGCCAAGGACAGAGAGGGGACGAAGCUCAGCCUGUCCGUGGCUCACACUGGGGUGCUGGUUUUCCAGGGGUACACAAAGAUUAACGCCUUCAACUGGUCCAAGAUUCGCAAACUCAGCUUCAAACGCAAAAGGUUCCUAAUCAAGCUGAGAGCAGACCCCGCUCAGAACGCCCACCACGACACGCUGGAGUUCGCCAUGGCCAGCAGGGAUUGUUGCAAGGUCUUCUGGAAGAUCUGCGUAGAGUAUCACGCCUUCUUCAGGCUCUUCGAGGAACCCAAGCCCAAACCCAAGCCCAUCCUGUUCACCAGGGGGUCCUCGUUCCGGUUCAGUGGUCGAACUCAGAAGCAGAUCAUCGAUUAUGUGAAAGACUCGGAGCUCAAGAAAGUCCCAUUUGAAAGGAAGCACAGCAAGAUUCUGUCCAACAGAGGCAUGUCCCCCCAGUCGUCUUCCUUCAGAUCACAAGUGCCAAAAGAGAGUGCCAUGUCUGUCGCGUUAGCGGACCAGCCUGACGCAGCCAGACUGGGCCUCCAAGCUGAGUCUAAUGGUUCGGAGGAGCCGCCACUGGUCACGGCCUCCGCCAACGGUUUUCAAGAUAUACCUGCAGCGCCUGGCUCAGACCCGAUUCAGUCCAGACAGAACCACCACGGCACCGGAUCAGCGCCGCAGCCGCAGCUCCUCAACCCAGGUCCAUCCUGCAGGGCAAACAAAGGCAGCAGCUCUUCUAUUCCUUACAUAGACUGCAGCGACAUAGACAGUGAAUGUGAUGUGACAAAGCACGGCAGGGUUACCAGGGGCCACAGCAAUGCAAAUGACAGCAAUGAGGAUGAGCCUGCUGCAUAUAAUAAUAAGCAUGAGAGUAGAAUUCGCAAUGGGGGGCAAGUUGGGAACCUGUUUGGGGCUGUUAAUGGGUUUUACCACACCAAUCACCAGGGGCUGAUGCAGAUGCAGCAGCAGCAUCAUCAGCAGGGCAUGCUGGGUAACAGAAACAAUGCAGAUCAGGCUCCAGUGUCUAAUAAGUUUAGUCUGAGUCAUGAGCUAACAGAUGAUGAAAUCUUGUCAAAUGGAGGUUCGUUUCAUGGUCGUCUUCCCCUCCACAGCACGCUGUUGGACGAGAUCUUUCAGGGUCGAGACAAGCGAGCUGCUGCGAUAGGUCGACCGUUAGGAACUGGGACUCGGAGUCAGUGCUCCAGCCCGGUGAUCAGCAGCUUCCACCACCGCACAAACUCACUCAGUCACGCCGAGACGACGAACGGUCACGCUCAGCCGCGCUCAGGCUCACGCUGGGAUGACGGCGGACAUUAUUUCAGUAAACGUCCGGGAGCGGUCCCCGUGGACACUCCCACUGUCCCGCCGUCAUCCCACCCACCGAACCACUACGGCAGCUACUCCCCGAUCACCUCAAACCGCACACCGACACAUGUGGCCAAACCGUAUUGUAACAACAACAUGAGGAACCGCUCUGAUACUGAUCCCUUCAUUCUUAGCCAGCUGACCUCUACUCCCAUCCACCACCACGACCCUCAUCGCCCCGGGCUGCACGCCCAAGCCCCUUGCUCUGCCCCGAUGGAGCGAAGGAUGAUCAUAACUAAUGGCAAUCAUGUGGGAAACCACGCGGUUCCAAGUCAGGCGCGGUCCAGUACGGUGCAGCGGUUGUUUGGCCGCCAGGGAAAACCCAACAUACACAACAAUCUAAACCAGCCGGUCCAGAUGAUCGACGGGUCCACCAGCAGCGGCACUGACACCAGUGACACUGAGUCAGACACUGGGAGCAGUGCGUACAGUCAGCCGUUAAUGUACGGCAACCCUGCCGCUGUCAGUUCCCUCAAUUCAGUCAACUCGAAUGGCGUGCACUCGUCCCCGCUGCCUCGUAACAAAUUCUCCUACGGGAGUCUGCAGCUGGGGGACGGGGAAGAUGGAGAGGGAGAGGAGGAGGGAUGUUACCACUUUAAUGAGGAAGAUAUAGGCGGUCGGGUUUUCAGCUGUUGAGAGGGAUUUGUAUAAGACAUAGUUGAGCCUCAAAUUAAUCAUUAUUAUGCGCAAUAAAUCUAAUCCUGUUAUGUAAGAAUAGUAAUAUCUUAAUUUAGUAUAUAACAGAUAAACGACUUUGUAAAGCUGGUUUCAUCCUCUUGGCGAGUUUUCAAAAAUCUAACACUCAACUACCUUUUAGGAAGACUGAAAACCAUCCCAUUAAUAUUUGAAUAUUGAACCUUUUUACAUUAGUUUAGCUGUGAUACACCUUUUGAGCAAAGGCACUAACAUAUUUUUGGAAUGAGGACAUUUUUACAUAUCGUGAGCUUUUUAACUGUGAAUAGAAACACCUACAGAACCUGACUUUUAGAUGAAGCGAUCGUCCUUUACUUCGCUUCUAAACCCCACAAUUUUUGUAUCGGAUUUUGUAUGCUAGCCCCUUCGCGAAACAGCUGACCUGAGUCCAACUUUACAUGUAGUAAAAACUUCCGCUGGCACUUUGUCGAAAGGAGAAUCAACUAAAAGCCUCGAGGCAAUUUUGCCAGCUCUCUGUAAAAAGUUAAAGAAUGAGCAAACCUUCUUAUAAUGUGCCAUAACUUAAAAACUGUAUAGGAGCAUGUGCAGAUGAAUAAUACAGAUUUUUGUAGGGAAGUCGGGAUAUUGUCAUAGAAAUUGAAAGGUAAAGGUAAACCUUCACGUGUAGAGUUGUAGUUUUUGUGAGGAAGAGAUUUCUACAAUUCUUCCCUAAUCAUUUGAUAGCAUUGAUAUAAUCCAUGUGAGUCUAUUUUAUUUAGGAAGAAAUUCUGCUGCUUGUAGCUCACUUUUGUCAAUGAGAAAAAACUAAGUUUGUUGUCGAGAUAUAAAGAUGUUGAAGCGAGGCAUAAGUUGAUUUGUAGGUGGCACUGAUUUUAGCUUGAUGGCUCGUUCUGAGAGCUGUCGAGUUGACCAGGAUCUGCUGCCUUGCUGUAUAAUUAAACCCUGAUAGGAAUCUGUUUGUAGUUAUAAUGUUGUAGUUCCCUGAUGUAGCAUUUUCUCUAAGAUCAAACUUUUCUAAUUAUUUGACUGUUGUCUUGUGCAAUAGAAAGGCUUUAAGAUAAUAGCUGGAGUUUAUUGAGGGAUUUCAAUGGGAAGUGAUGGAGGUUUAAAGGGGAACACAGACGGUUUGUGAAGCAGUGUGGACUGUUUGGACUGUGUCCGACCACAAGGAUAACAUGAAUUGAUAGUCUCCUCUAAUUGUACAGUACAUUUGAAUGUCCUUGGUAGAGAAUGGGUUAUACUUAGAAUAAUACACUUGACUUGUAGAAAAAAUGUGUUUCAUGUGUAAGCUAUUGGGAUCUGUUGGAGGACGAGCGCUGUAGCUAAUGGUCAGUCUGCCUUCGAAUUCGGUUUUGGCCGAGCUAAAGUCCUUUUCUUCAGAGCACUUUUUCAUACUUUGAGUUUCUGUCUGUCUGUUGUGGGCAACUUGCACUGUAAUUUGGAUGUUUGUGGUAGAAAUGUUUGUCGUAAUUCUCUUUUACAUUCACCAUUAGUGGAAAACCAGGAAUUUGAAUAGAUUUGUAAGUUGAAAUGUUAGGGAAACAACAUUUAUAUCUGUAUUUUUGAUAAUAACUGAAGCUCUGUGUGUCUACAUUUAUACUUCAGAUGCAUUACCUCUGCUACUUCUGUGGGUCUUUAUUUCUUUCUAUCAUUCUUUUUUCUUUCUUUUCACGGUUUUACGCAUUCACACACACUUGAUGAUCAAUAAUCAGAACCAACAACUGUCGUCCUUAAACCUGUGACCAUCCAUAGCUCUCUGCUUUGCUUGGCUUGGCCCUUGGCAUGCACUACUACCACACAACAACAACAGAAGGAAACUCACUGUUAUCUUUCACUUUCUUUGGAUGCUGUUUUUCUCUUCUGUUACAAGGCUGUUUAUUGAAGGUGUGCUGGCCUCCCAUCCCCAUCACUGUCAUUUGCUGGCUGUCUGCUCACUACGACACACUUUUUUUGUUUUCACUGCAAAAAACUGACUUGGGACAAACUUUGCUGAAUUAAGUAAAUAAUCGCUGCACUUCUCUUGCACUGAACUUCGGUCCGGGGGCUAAAUGUCUGUAUUUCCUAAAAAAAAAAAAAAAAAAAAAGUUGCCCAAAAGUCAAUAGUGGUGAAAUGACUCGCAGGAUGUCGAGCAGUCAAAAUGGGUGAAUUGCCAUGAAAGUGGGCACACAUGUCCAUGCCCCCCUCAGGAUGAAUUAUACUAACUAACCUGGUGAUGUGACAUUUCAGCUAGCGCCCUCACCUGGUCAAAAUCAUUUCUUUGUCUUAUGACCAAAUGCCUGCAACUCUAAUGACAUUCCCUGCAGCUUUAAGCGCAGUGUGUCUUAAGUGCUAAUUAACAAGCGUUAGCUUAACUACCGGGCUUAAGUAUGCUUGUGAAAAUGGUAAACAUGAUAUCAGCAUGUUAGCAUGCUGAUAUUAGCAUUAAGCUUGAAGAACAGCUGUCACUUUUUUUUCCUGACUUUGUGUUUGGGAAAUACAGACAUUCCUGUGAGUUAAGGUGGAUUACUUAUUCACUAAUGACCCUUUUAGCAGUUUACUGUUUACAGUUAGCAUACAUACUUAAACACAGAGGUUCAAGCUAUGAGGUGACUUAACUCGGACAAAAUGUCAUUAAGAUUUUAUCACCUUUUAAAUUCAAGCAACCUUCUUUUUCCUCAGAGCUACUGCUUCUUCCUGAAACAAAUGUUCAUGCUUUGUAAAUGCACUGUUUUUAAGCAUGUUUGGUUAUUUUUGGAUUGGGGGGGGGGGUGGAGGAGGAAAUGCUCCUCAACACUGUUUUCUCACCAUUUUCUUUUCUUUAUUCUGAAUGCAUGUUAACCAGGCGAGGCAAAAGUCUCUGCUUUUCUGUCAUGCUGCUCUGCUUUUUCUCACUGUGUCACUCGGUGUUUCUGUCACGGGGCUCUAAAUGGUUUCAAAUGUUUGAGAGGCUGUAGGUGCAGUACGACAAAAAAAAAAUGUUUAGGUUUGCGUUCUUUCGGACACAAACUCCUCUUCACUUCACGUGGGAUGUUAGACUUUUCAUGCCUUUCUCAUUACUGCACCCUCAUGAUUAAUUAACUGCACCCUGUCUUUCUUUCUUUUUUUAAUAUUUAGAAACCAUUUGUGUUUUGCUCCAGGUUUCCUCACUGUGCACAAGUACAAAACAAGGGCUGACUCAACUCCAGUGCUCUUAUAACAGAGGGCGGGAGGGCGAAGGUAGACAGACACAAGUAAAGUUAAGCUUAAUGCAAACGUAAGUGUAAAAAAAAAAAAGAUAUAAUUG